AUGUAUUGCAUGUUUUUUCCAGGUGUGGACAGGUUCAGCAAAGACAUCGAGUCCAUGCUAGGCUCGCCUCCCGGGCCAUUCUGGAGAAUCACCUGGACAUACAUCAGUCCAGUUUUCUUACUGCUGUUGUUCACGUUGUCCAUCACCAACUCGCCGCCUCCGUCGUAUGGGGACUACGUGUACCCCUACUGGUCACUGACCAUCGGUUGGUUCCUGGUUUGCAUCUCUAUUUCCUGUAUACCUGUGUUCAUCGUCCUGACUUUUGUCCGUACCAAGGGAACGCUCAAAGAG